AUUGAAAAAGACAGCAAUGGAGGAUGCCAACGAUCGUAAUUUUGUUCUCAGACCAACUCCUGGCCAGAAAUUUCGCCCAAAAGCUGUAGCUGGAAUGAUUCAAGAGAUUCUUGGAGAAAAGCUGGGGGCAUUAACCAUUUAUAAUGUUGAUGAAGCUGAACUUGUUUCAAAAGAUAUAUCAGCAUCAAUCAGAGAACGACUUAAAGGGCUUCAACUUCCGCGAUACAAAUAUGUUAUUCAAACCAUGAUUGCGGAACAAUGUGGGAACGGAGCAACAACCGCUGUUCAGUGCGUUUGGGACGAAGAUUGCGAUGGGUAUUUGACCCAAAGAUAUGUCACUGGCUCCAUUUGGUGCGAAGUAUUGGUGUUCGCAAUUUUUCAUUACUAAUUGAAGAGUAGCAGCCAAACAUCGAACUUCAUAAUGGACAAGUUUAAUUUCAAUUGUUUCGAUUGAUAUUAAGAAUACACAUUUUCAUGCGGUUUGCAAAUCUUUUGAAUAAUAAUUUAAAAAAAAACAUUUUGAAACAAGUUUAUAUUCAAUAAAUUCAUACAAAAAA